UGAAGCUCAGGGAUUCGAGUGUAAGUGAAUGCAGCAUCGGCUUCUGCGCUAUGAGCAUCACGUUAGCAAAGGAAGGAGAGCGAAGCACGAAAGACGGCACCGCAGAAAACAAUUUUUCGGUGAAAGAAAAUGAGGAGAGAAUAAAUGUCCCAAGCUAAGCAACACAUCAAUACACACAGGCCUGGAGCUACGUUAUGUACAACAGGUUGAAGAUGACCUCAACUAGAAAUGCAACACAAUUUCUUCUCUUUAUAUCUGCAGUGAUCUUGUUGUGGAGAGUUGGCUGCGGCGGAAAGAUUUUGAUUGUUCCUUUUGAAGGAAGCCACUGGGUCAACAUGGACAUCAUGAUCAAAGCUCUUCAUGCUCGGGGACACUCUGUCGAUGUGGUACGAACCAAUCAAAGCUGGUACAUCAAAGAUGACUUCCCGCACUACAAACCAAUCACAGUUCCUGUUGUUGAAGUUUUUAAUCAAGAUUUUCUUAACCUCAUUCUGAAAAGGGUAUUUAGCAUUGAAAGGGGGGGAAGCUCGGUUUUUAGCUUUUUGAGUUUGCAGGUUGAAAUGUUUAAUGCCAUGUAUGAUAUGCAUGGGAUCAUAUGCAAAAUGGCUACUGUCAUGCUUGAAGAUGAAAACUUGAUGAAUAAUUUAAAGGUGCGCAAAUAUGACCUAGUCCUCACUGACCCAGCAUGGGGUGCAGGCAUAUUAAUCGCUCAUGUUCUGAAAUUACCUCUGAUCUAUAAUGUACGAUUCGCAACUAGUGGGGAGGGACACUUGGCCAUUGCGCCUUCUCCAUUAUCUUAUAUCCCAGUAACUGGUUCUGGACUGACAGACAGCAUGACUUUCAUACAGAGAGUCAAAAAUCUAAUUUGCUAUGUCAUCUGGCAAGCACAGGACAUAUUUUUAAUCCGCCCUCAGUAUCAAGCUGUUUGCAAUAAAUUCUUUGGCUCAGAUGUUACAUAUAGUGGCUUAUUACACAGCGCAGACCUGUGGCUCAUGAGAGUGGACUUUGUGUUCGAGUUCCCUCGACCGACCAUGCCGAAUGUUAUUUAUAUAGGAGGAUUUCAGUGUAAGCCUUCAGAACCACUUCCCGAACACUUGGAGGACUUUGUGCAGAGUUCUGGAGAGCAUGGCUUCAUCCUCAUGUCUCUGGGGACUUUUGUGACUGAACUUCCUGCUGAUAUAACAAAUGAGAUCGCUGCAGCUUUUGCUAAACUGCCACAGAAAGUCAUCUGGAAGUAUAAAGGUGACAGGCCAGAUGCUCUGGGUAAUAACACUUUAUUAGUUGAUUGGAUGCCACAGAAUGACCUUUUAGGACAUCCUAAAAUAAAACUAUUUGUGUCACAUGGAGGAACAAAUGGAGUCCAGGAAGCUAUUUAUCAUGGAGUUCCAGUUGUCGGUCUACCUGUGUUUUUUGACCAGUAUGAUAACCUGCUUCGCUUGAAAGAAAAAGGAGCAGCUAAAAUUCUUACAUUAGCCAUUGUGGAUAAAGAUGAUAAUUUUCUGAAGGCCAUAGAGGAAGUCCUGAGUGAUCCCUCCUACAGGGCGAACAUGCAGAGACUUUCCAGGCUGCACAGAGAUAAGCCAGUAAUGCCACUGGAUAACGCCCUCUUCUGGAUAGAGUUUGUCAUGAGGCACAAAGGAGCAGCUCACCUGAAAGCAGAGUCCUACAGAAUGCCCUGGUAUUCCUACCACUCUGUAGAUGUAGUACUGUCUUUUCUAGCUGCUGCUGCAAUAAUUACUUUUUUAUCUCUUGUGUUUUUUAGGCUGGUAUGUCUUGAAAAAUGCCUGAAAAUAAAAACUAAUAGCAGGGUUCGUACGGGUGCUUGAAAUCCUUGAAAAUGCUUGAAUUCUAAUGUCGUCUUUUCAAGGUUUGGAAAGUGCUUGAAUUUCAG